AUGUCGGCCGCCACUCAACAAGAUCCCGAAAUCGACCCCUUGGACAGCAGCAAAUCGUUGCUCAUACCCAAGGCGCCGAUCCUGCGGAUCAUUCCGCCGUUGAAUUUUUGUCCGGUGGAGAAACAGCUCUACCGGUCGGGCCAGCCUUCCCUCAUCAACCAGUCUUUCUUGGAGGAGCUCAACUUGAAGACCAUUCUCUGGUUGGCCAGCGAGGAGCCGGUGGAGGAUUUCUUGGACUACUGCCUGAACAAAAGCAUAAACAUCGAGUUUGUCGGGCUCAUCAACGACUACAACUACACGAACAUCAAUCCGUGGGACUCGUUGGACGAGCGCACCAUCAAGAAGGCGUUGGAGUUCAUCUGCAACAAGGACAACUACCCUUUGCUUGUGUGCUGUGGGAUGGGGAGACACCGCACCGGCGCGGUCAUUGGCUGCUUGCGCCGGCUUCAAGGCUGGAACCUAGCCAGUGUUUCGGAGGAGUACCGCCGCUUUUCUGGCGCGCGGGGCGGGCGGAUACUUGUGGAAUUGCUCAUUGAAAGUUUCGAUGUGCUGAGUGUGGAGGGGGUCCCCUCCAAGCUUCCUGAUUUCUUGAAAUAG